AUGGCUGUGAUUGAUGGCCUCCCAGAGAUCAAGGUCUCCAUCCGUAUCAACGGAUUCGAGGAAGACUGCAUCGAGUACGACGAUUCAGAUCCUCCGAAAUCCACGUCAUCUCGGGGCUCGGCAACUCAUACCACUUCCAAAGUCAUCGAAAGUCAGGUCGAUGCCAGAUUUUCUAUCCACUAUGAGAUUCGAAACCGCCGGUCUUGGAUAAAUGGCAAGAAUUGGCUCGCGUUGGUGCUUCACAUUGACGGCCAAUACGUCGCCACAUAUUAUCGUGGACCUGGUCAGCUGGUCAAUCAAACCAUCGUCUCAACCAUCGAUAGUUUUGGGGACAGGUUCAGCAAACCUGGCAAAGACAUCAGAAGGCACUUCAAAUUCGCGUCGAUCAAAACAGCCGAAGAGAGCAACGAGCAGUUAUCAGGAAAUCAAUCAAUCGUGGAGCACCUCGGCAUUAUCGAAGUGACUGUGUUCCGUGUCGAGCUUGAAGGCCACAAACCCAGGACCCCGGCACAAUCGAGAACAGAGAGCAUAAGGAAUGUCUCUGAAAUUGCAAUCAAAGGCAAAAACAUAUCACACAGUACAUCCUUCACUGAAGGAAUAGAGAAGAAAUUAAGCAAAAUGAAGAGAACAUUCAAGUCCAGGGAUGAAACCCAGCCAAUUGCUCGAUUCUUCUUCCGAUACAAGUCUAGGGGUUCUCUUCAAAUCGAUGGCAUCAUUCCUCGAAAUCCUGCUCUGAGCCCCUCUCCCGAGUUCUCUGCUCCACCCCCGCCCCAGGCCGUGGCAAACUUGCCGCUGGCAGAUAUCAUGAGACUUGCCCAAGAGCGUCUGGACCAGCUGGAACCUCAAGUCAAGAGAGAGCCUGGAACCAGUGUGAAGCGCGAAGCGGACGAGGAGACCGACUCCCGUCCACGCAAGAUCUACAAGGUGGACGCGGAUGGAACGAUAGACCUUAGCGAUGACUGA